AUGUGGAGUGGAUCUAUCUGCAAGAGCGCUGCGUCUCAUCCACAAAAGGCAGAGAGCGCGCGCGGGGGGAGGAGGGACCAGUGCGCGCGGAGCCAAUGGGACGUGGCGCGUGACAACAAAACAACAACAAACACGACAACAAACACUCUGGGUCAACUGCGCAAAUCCCAAGGACGCUUCACACAUCAUAAUUCAUAUUGUCUAAUUCCCUGGCUCUCGCUCCCUGGCUCUCGCUCCCUGGCUCUCGCUCCCUGCUCUCGCUCCCUGGCUCUCGCUCUCUGGCUCCUCCGUUCCCUGCUCUCGCUCCCUGGCUCUCGCUCCCUGGCUCUCGCUCCCUGGCUCUCGCUCCCUGGCUCUCGCUCCCUGGCUCUCGCUCCCUGGCUCUCGCUCCCUGGCUCUCGCUCCCUGGCUCUCGCUCCCUGGCUCUCGCUCCCUGGCUCUCGCUCCCUGGCUCUCGCUCCCUGGCUCUCGCUCCCUGGCUCUCGCUCCCUGGCUCUCGCUCCCUGGCUCUCGCUCCCUGGCUCUCGCUCCCUGGCUCUCGCUCCCUGGCUCUCGCUCCCUGGCUCUCGCUCCCUGGCUCUCGCUCCCUGGCUCUCGCUCCCUGGCUCUCGCUCCCUGGCUCUCGCUCCCUGGCUCUCGCUCUCCGGCUCUCGCUCUCCGGCUCUCGCUCUCCGGCUCUCGCUCUCCGGCUCUCGCUCUCCGGCUCUCGCUCUCCGGCUCUCGCUCCCUGGCUCUCGCUCCCUGGCUCUCGCUCCCUGGCUCUCGCUCCCUGGCUCUCGCUCCCUGGCUCUCGCUCUCUGGCUCUCGCUCCCUGGCUCUCGCUCUCCGGCUCUCGCUCUCCGGCUCUCGCUCUCCGGCUCUCGCUCUCCGGCUCUCGCUCUCCGGCUCUCGCUCUCCGGCUCUCGCUCUCCGGCUCUCGCUCCCCGGCUCUCGCUCCCUGGCUCUCGCUCCCUGGCUCUCGCUCCCUGGCUCUCGCUCCCUGGCUCUCGCUCCCUGGCUCUCCAAUGGGUGGAGUAUGUCACCAUCACGCCCGACGGCUUCAGAUAUCGCUCUCAAGUAUUCUCCUCGGUCAACGGACUGUUCCGAUGGUUCAAGGAUCACUACCAGGAGCCUGUGCCAGGAAUAACUCCGAGUAACAGCAGCAGAACCAGGACGCCGGCGUCUCUGACCACGACUCCAGCCAACAUCAACAUCGCAGACCUGACGCGGGCUGUCAACGCGCUGCCGCGGAACAUGACGUCUCAGAUGUUCAACGCCAUCGCCGCGGUAACGGGCCAGACCCAGAACGCCAACUCGACCCCGGCUCAGUGGGGCUCGAGUCAGUACGGCUACGGAGGAGGAGGAGGCGGCGGCAGCACCGGGGGCGGGGGCAGCUCCUCCGCGUACCAUGUGUUCGCCACGCCGCAGCAGCCGAUGGCCACCCCCCUGAUGACGCCCAGCUACUCGUACACGACGCCGAGUCAGCAGCAGGUGAUGGGGACGCCGCAGUACCCCAGCUCCACGCCGCAGUCCUCCCACCACCACGCAGGUCACAUGGCGCAGCACGGUCACCACGGACACCACAGCACUCACCACGGCCACUCCUCUGGCACGCCGUCCUCCUCCACCUCCUCCAGGGCGCGCACUCCCCAACAGCAGCCAAAGACAAACACAGGGAGCAGCUCUGCGGCCGUGGACUGGGGCAAAGUGGCCGAACAGUGGCUCAAAGAGAAAGAGGCGGAAGGAAGAAAGAAGACGCCGAGGAUGACGCCGCGGCCCUCGCCCAGCCCCAUGAUCGAGAGCACGCCCAUGUCUCUGGCCGGAGACGCCACGCCGCUGCUGGACGAGAUGGACCGAUAG